UGUCCCCUUCGACGUACCGUAGUGUUAUUGUACUGCAUCAUCAUGAAGAUGACGGAGGCAAAGGAGAAAAGCAAACUAACCGUGGAAGAUGUACAGAAACUUGUCAAAAAGAAAGAUGAAAUCGAAGAACAGAUCAAAGCAUAUUAUGAUGUCCUUGAAGAUCAGGAUGGCGUUGGGAUGGAAGGGGCUCUUGUGGAUGUAGAAGGCUUCCCGCGAGCAGACUUGGACUUGUAUCAGAUCAGGACAGCCAGACACAGCAUUUCGUGUCUGCAGAACGACCACAAAGCUGUAAUGGUGGAGAUCGAGGAUGCGCUGCACCGGCUGCAUGCGCACGAGCGCGCGAAGCGGGAGCGCGACCAGCAGGAGGCGCAAGAGGAGGCCAUGGAGCAGGAGGUGACGCUGCCCCCUGCCUUCGCAAGAGUCGACCACGUCACCGCAGGCUCACCCGCCAGCCAAGCUGGGUUACGAGUUGGAGAUCAGAUUAUUCAGUUUGGCUCCGUCAACCCGGGAAACUUCCAGAACCUCCAGAACAUCGCCUCUGUGGUACAGCACAGCGAAGGGAAGUCCCUCAGCGUUGCUGUGGUGAGGAAUGGCGAGAGGGUUGCCAUGAGCCUGGUGCCUCAGCGCUGGUCAGGCCGAGGCCUUCUGGGGUGCAACAUUCAGCCCAUUCUCAGAUGAGCGCAGACAACAAGAUGACAUCCCCACAAGAAGAUAACAGGACUGCUGACCACACACACAUCUGACAACAAUUUGACAAUAACUUCUCUCACAGUGUACAUAUUUUCACAUUUUCAUAUUUUUUUGUUAUAUUGAUUAUGACUACUCUUAUUUUUCCCUCCCAGUGUGAUUCAGCGUGUACUUGUCUAAGUACUAAGAUUGGUAAUGCAUUUGCUGGAAAUUGUACCUAAUAGAAUUAAAAUUCCUGAAAUAUCAAACUUUGUAAUAUUUAAACAAUUGGCGAGUAAAAGGUUUUUCAUUUGCCUGA